AUGACGGCGAUAAAGAGUGCGAGUUACGAUUACCUUAUCAAACUAUUGCUUAUUGGCGAUAGUGGAGUUGGCAAAUCAUGCCUUCUCAUGCGCUUCUGCGAAGAUUCGUUCACACCUAGUUUCAUCACCACAAUCGGAAUAGAUUUCAAG